GUUAUGACGACACAGUGGCGAAGGUGAAGCGGUCCGGCGAGUUAAUAGUUGUUCUUAACUCUUUGCUCAAAACAUUGCUUUAUUUCUGAGUUGCGGCUAGUUUUAAUAUAUGCCAAAGCAACAGAGGGCAGUAUAAUGUGGAUACUGACGCCCCAGCAGCAGCCUACAGCUGAGGCCUGCUAUCUCCUCUCGGGUAAAGCGUACGUGGUGGGCCGAAAGAAUUGUGACAUUCUUCUUCCGAGUGACCAGUCUAUCAGCAGGGCUCACGCUCACCUAAGUGCUACAGAGCAGACCCUGACUCUGAAAGACACCUCCAAGUAUGGUACAUUUGUCAACAACCAACAGAUUACAACACCAGUGAACCUGAAAUCAGGGGAUUUAGUGACUUUUGGGGUUUUUCAAAGCAAAUUCAGUGUGGUUCAUCUGCAGCCAGUCGUGUGUUCAUCGUGUUUGGACAACGAUGGCCAAGCGUCGCUCUCUCAGGCCGUGCUAGCUUUGGGUGGAAAGCUGGUCAGCAGCUGGUCUCAGGACUGCAGCCACCUGGUUAUGUCUUCUGUUAAAGUUACCAUUAAGACCAUUUCUGCUCUGCUGUGCUGCUGUCCCAUCGUGAAGCCAGAGUUCUUCUCAGAGCUCAGCAGAGCUGUUCAGCAGAAGUUACCGCCUCCUAAAGCCGAGAGCUUCAUUCCUGAGAUCGAUGAGCCCAGCUUGAAUAAAGACGAUGUUAAUCUUGGAGCGGUUCCACUUCGCAAACAGCUUUUCAGUGGACGGACCUUUAUUUUCCUCAGCGCCAAACAGCUGAAGCGCCUUCGUGUGGCAGUGAGUUUUGGAGGUGGCAGGAGUCAGCUGCUGGAGGAGGGCAGCCUGCCUCGUGACCUGCUGGAGUCUCCGCAGAGCUGUGUGGUCGAUUUUACAACAGGUGCCUCCCAAACUCUGCUGUCUCCCUCCGCAACAGAGUGGGCAAACUCUGUGAAGAGCAUCGUUGAAAGAAAAGGCCUUCGAGUCAUCACAGAGUCUGAAAUCGGUCUGGCUGCCAUCUAUGCUUCCUGUGAAAAAUACUGCAAUCCCUCAAGCUCAGACUCAGACUCUGUACCAAAAGUGACACCCAGAAUCCCAAGCGCCUCGCUGUCACAGAGCGUAGCUGUGGAUGAGACCGUGUUACCUGCAGCAUCGCAGAACAUCACGGCGUAUGCAGCGAACACAGAGACAUCACAGAGGAUGCGGGUUUCUGAGGUCACCGGGGUGACGUCGGUAGGGGAGACGCCUGAGAAGAAGCCGCACCAGUAUGCCAGUCAGCUCCGUGUAAUCAGCCUCGUGGCUCAGAAAACGACCACUCAGUGUAUUGUGGAUGAAACAAUGAGCUCGUCGCUCACCACUGCAGCAAACGCAGAAUCACAGAAGAAGAAGUCUGAAUCCAAGCUAGCAGGUGAAGACAGUUUUGACAUCAGACUACAGCCAUCAACUCCUAAGACUAACAGUGGCACCAAGACUUUCCCUCCGAAGAAGUCUCCUCAGAAACCAAAAAUCUCUUCACAAGCUUCUCCACAGAAGCAGUCGACUCUGACCACUUUCUUUCAGCCAGCCAGCAAGAAAAGGCAUUUGGAGGACGAGCCCUCGGCUGUCACGUCAGAGCCAAAGCGACCUGCACUAGCAUCAUCCGUCACUGCUCGGGCACCACACACCCCGGCCAUGUCUGAAGAAAUCCCCCCACUUACACACAGAGGCCCUGCUACUGUGUCCCAGACUCCACUCGGGUCAGCAGCUGAUUUGUUCGCGGGACGGUCAGAGGCUCGCUCAGAGGAACCACAGAGUAGAAAGAGGAAGGAGAUGGAAGAUGUGAUACAGAUGGAGGAACUGGAGUCCAUUAUGUCUGAAGAUAUGGACUGCUUUGAUGAGCAACCCUCAAUUAAUCAAGGCCAGCAAGCAAAAAAUGAGCACAGUUCAGCUAAACAGAAACAAGUUUUAAAUACUGCGGAGUCUUCGAGCAAGAGGCAACGUGUCCACCUAGAGAAAAAUGGGAUAACCAAUCAAAGGCCACAGGCAGGUUUGGAGAAAGAAUCGAGUUUGCAGAAGAACAGCCAGCGAUCUGAACAGCACGCUGUCCGUAUUAAGACAGAGCCAGCUCACCCAGCUGACUGCACAACGGCUAAUCGUGGGUCGAAUAAACUAGAAGAAAUGUCAUCAGCCAGUACGAGUAAAGAUGUGAUUCCUUUUGAAGAAGAUGAUGUGUCCUUCAUUGAGGAUUUAGAACUACUCAAUGCAGAUAUUCCUCAGCCUAAAGAAGAGAUUAAAAGCCCUCUGAAACCAGUUGUGAUCAAACAGGAAGUCCAAGAGUCAAAGAUCGAUGAAGACCUUCCUAAGAAGCUGCUGUUGGUGGAGUUUAAAUCUCUCACCGUGGCAGCUCCUCCCAAAGCCAAGCAAAAUCAGAUGCAGGGCAAUGGCCACAUAAAGAACUUCAAAUGUACAACCCCACCAAACUAA